GUAAUGACAGUUUUUUGACAGUUACAUGAUACUGCUGAAGUCGUCACCAACACAAGGAGGAAGCGAAAAACCGUGAACCGCCGCCGUGCUGUUGUAAAUUGUAGAAAUGGAGAUAACAAGGAGCUUCCUCCUCCAUUCUUCUUGCUCCGAGCUCCCACUCCGCACUCCCUUCCGCCACUCUCAAGUUGCGGCUUCCAGUUUCUCAAUUCCGAUUACCUCUCGCACCCACAUCCGAAAACCUCUCGCCACUUCAUGCUCCGCCUCCGACGGCGGCGAUUCCAGCUCAGCAGCCAAGGUUUCUGUAGCUGACCUCUCUUCUGCAGUAAAGAACAAGGCAAUGGAUAUAACCCCUGAGCUGAAGGGAACUUCCAUAUUUCUUGUGGGCAUGAAGAGCUCCAUGAAAACCAGUUUGGGGAAGCUCCUAGCCAAUGCGUUGCGAUAUUAUUACUUUGACAGUGAUAGUUUGGUUGAGGAAGCUGCUGGAGGUGAAUCUGCUGCCAAAUCGCUUAGGGUGGCUGACAUAAAUGGUUUUCGGGAAUCCGAGACUGAAGUAUUGAAGCAACUGUCAUCCAUGGGUCGAUUGGUGGUUUGUGCCGGAGAUGGUGCGGUUCAGAGUUCAACUAAUCUGGCUCUUCUGAGGUAUGGAAUCUCUGUAUGGAUUGAUGUACCUGUAGACUUGGUGGCCAGUGGCAUGGUCGAAGAUCAAAGUCAGCUUCCUGCACUCAACCUAUCUGCUUCAGCAUCUUAUCAAGAGGUUUUGACUCACCUAAGUACUUCGUAUGAAGAAGCGAGAGGUGGAUACGAAACAGCUGAUGCAACCGUUUCCGUUGAAGAACUAGCUUAUCAAUUAGGUUAUGAUGACCUUGGUGAUGUAACGACAGAAAACAUGGCUUUGGAGGUUCUCAAGGAGAUAGAGAAACUGACCAGAGUAAAGAAGAUGAUGGAAGCGGCCGCGAGACCUUUUUAACAGUCCGGUGGUAUAGAUCCCCAUUUUCAUCAAUUGGAACUAGUUCCUUCUGUAAACCCCAAAUUUUGGGGAUAGCAAUCAGAGGUUUCGUUUUGUGCAUGUCUUGUGUAGGCUACAAUUAUGUGCAUGCCGUAAGUACGUUUUCUACCAUCCCUUUUAUUGCUCUAUGUCCUUUGCUAUACCCAAAAAUUGCAUCGCAGAGAAAAAGUCGUCGUCGGGGGAGGAGGAAGGAGAAGCACUUCUUUUCAUCCUCCCCUCCGCUCCAUUCCGCUCCCCCUUUUCAUUUUUCUAUUCUAUUGUGGUGAAUAAUAUUCCCCUUUGUGGUGACUAAGUCAAUCCUUCUCCCCGAAUCCUCCCUCUUAGUUUAUUGGAUAGUGUGGGUUUGUCAAGAGAUGGGGUAGAAUUGUUGUGACAUGGGUUUUCUAGAUUAUAGUGCGGCUUUUGUCCAUGUUAAUUUGCUCUUUUGGGUUUCUUUCUGGUUCAUGUCUUAUAGUGGCGUUGGUUCGGUUUAUCUUUAUGCAACUCGUAGCUUCGUUGGUGGUUUUGUGCGUAGAGUCUCUAUUGGAGUGGUUACUAUUUGUUUCUUUUGCAGUUUCUGAUUGGAGUCGACGUUGCUUGUAUGCAAACAGUGUUCCUUAUCAAUUUUAUUGACGAUUUUGUGCGUAAAGUCUCUCAAGUGGUGUAUUAUGAAAUGAUUGAAUUUCUAGCUGUAUGGAUUGAAGUUCGUUUGGCUUUGGAA